AAUCAGUGACUCCCCUUAUCUCAGCUUGAACCACAUUUCUGGCUAAAGUGAGCUGGCAAGCUAGAUUCGAUCCCCGCAUUUUGCGAACGCGCCGGCAUUAACUCUAGGCAGACAUCCGCCUUCGUUCCCGCCUCUAUCAGCUGACCCUGUCCUUCGAGAACGCUCAGCACUGCGAGGUCGUCAGAUUGCAGACGUCACCAUGGCGAGUUCCCUCAACGCCGCAUUCCUUCUUCUUGUUCUCUCGCUCGCGCUCAUUUGCAUCUCACUGCUCCCCCUCGCAUCCGCCGGUCCGCUCAGGCGCGUCGCGCGCACGCGACCGGCGCACGACGCCUACCGCCGCCAGCGCCGGCUGACCGACGCUAUCGACCGCGGCUCGCGCCCGCCGCUGCACAUGUUCGAGACGAAGGCGCACUUCGAGGAAGAAAAACGAGAAAAGGGCGAUGCGGGCGCCAACGGCGGCGACGGCUCGUCCUCCGCGCCGAUCAAAUACUUGGGCGGCCCCGUGAUGACCGGGAGCGUGAACGUGUACUUAAUCUACUAUGGCAACUGGCCGGAAGGAUCGGGGCAAGAUGUGAUUGAGAACUUCGUUAACUCACUGGGUGCAGGCUCGGACCAGCAGGGGGAUCCGGCAGAGCCCACAGUGGAUCGCUGGUGGGCGAUCAACGCGGCGUAUUACCAGGAUGGGGAAGGCGGGAGGGAGAACGUCGGCAGCGAGGUAUGCCCGGUUGUAAGGACUUUUGAGCUACCUGGACGGUAAGUACGCGGGCUUUAGGCGCGGUUUUGAGCUAAUCACGCUGCCAGCCUGAUGCUCCAUGGAUUGGGUUUGCAAGCUGCUGGCGUAUUUUCUGAGUCGGCUGUUAUUACCUUGUCAAUAAACGCACGCCGCCUUUCUUGUUUCAUGUAAUCAUUGGCAGGUGCAAGUAGCCGGGACUGCCUACGAUGACUACUCGGCUGGGACGAAUUUUGGCGAAAACACGGUUUGGGAAGUUGUUUCAAGCUGGAUUGGCGACGGGCAGGCUUUUCCGUACGACCCGCAGGGCCUUUACAUGCUGCUUACGAGCCCGGAUGUGACAGUCCCUGGCUACUGCAGCGAGUACUGCGGAUGGCACACCAUGGACUACAUGGGAUCCGACGCGGUUAUAUACUCGUUUGUGGGUCACCACGGGCAGUGCGCGGAGGGUUGCGGGGCGCAGAGUGCGUCGCCCAACGAGGACCCUGCGAUCGAUGCGACGGUUUCCACCAUCGCUCACGAAAUCGCAGAGGCAGCCAGCGACCCUGACGCGAGUUCAGGCUGGCUCGACGACCAACGGGAGGAGAAUGCAGACAAGUGCUCUUACGGUGUUGGAGCGACGCUCACGGAUAGCGACAGCAGUGGUAACACGUACGAGUACAAUCUCGUGGGGAUGAACGGCAUACGAUUCUUGGUGCAGCAGAACUGGGACUGGGAGAACAACAUGUGCGUGUCUCAGGGAAACUGAGGUGACGGUCCGGCACAAAAUAGAGUGUUAGCAGUAGUAUUACAAAUAAAUUAAAAUAAAGCGCUCUCAGGAUGUAAUCUGAGAGUGACAUGUCGGGUUUCGAGAGAUUUGUGUUCACUUUUCCGAAUACAUCUUGCCCUACUACUAGCGUCUGCUAAUUAUGUACUCUUGGAUCCCGUGAAUCAUGAUGCUGUUGCU